GUGACCCGUGACGUGAUUUGACGAGAGACGAAGGCAUCUUUUGCACAUUUCGUUGGAGAAUCGGAACGGAUUCAGGUUCAACACACAGGUCGACCUAAAGAUAAAAAGGUAAGCAGAAGCCUGUUUAUUCAAAAUUCUGCUAUUGAAUAUACCUAAAUUGCUGUGUUGAACUUGAUGAACAUUCCGAGUAAGUAAAAGUAAACUAUAAAAAGAAGUUUGAGAAAUCAGAUUUAAAAAGUAAUAGUAUAAGAAUUGAAGAAAUUUGAGACUGGGUCUCAAUAGCGGGUGAUUAGAGAUCCCCGAGAGGAAUUGAAGUUCCUGGUAUUUUGUGCGUUGUGGUAAUCGCGUCUGGGACAAAAAAGGCCAGGGUAAUAAAAACCCUUGAGUUUGGAACUCAUAAAUUGCGUUGUGGUAAUCGCGUCUGGGACAAAAAAGGCCAGGGUAAUAAAACCCUUUGAGUUUGGAACUCAUAAAGUGCGUUGUGGUAAUCGCGUCUGGGACGAAAAAGGCCAGGGUGAAAUAAAUCCCUUUGAGUCGGCGAACUCAUAAAGGAAUAUUCCAAAAUUGUCUGUUAUAUGUUUGAAUGUUUUUAAAAAGUGAAUGCAGUUGCUGAUGUGAAAAUUAAUGUGAAAACUGACUUAACUGUGUGACAAAGAUACUGUAUAAUUUUUGCAAACUGUGAAUAGAAUUUGUGCGUAAAAUGGCCGAAUUUCAGAAAGAAUGCGACGAAUACGGGUGUCCGCCAGUAUUGGUGCAGUGGCAAAAUGUUACAGAUAUGUUAUUAGCACAGGCAGAACCAAAAGAUAGAAAGCAAAGACAGAAAGAAAUUGAUAAGUGUUGGGUAGCAUUAUGUGAUGAGUGUGGAUGGGAAAGUGCAGAAAAGGUGAUGACUCCGUUAGCACCAAAAGUUAGAGAAAUGGAGAAGAAAGCACACUGUAAGUUGCGUAGACAUGUAGAGGAGAAAGAUAAAGUAAAGUGGUAUAAUGCAGGGAAACAUGGCAGUGAAGAAGACACCCUCAGGAAAAAACUAAGAAUGUGGACUAGAGUGGCGUUAACAACCACAGCACUCAGUUCACAGAAGACACAGGGAGGUGAGAGAAAAGGGGAAGUGAACAGCUCAAAAGUCAAAGAGAAAAAGAAAGAGAAUACAGGAAAUGCUCAGACUAGCCCCUCUGCUCCGCCCCCAGAAAAACCCAACCCCACUUCAUUAUACCCAACAUUAAGCCAUCCCCCUCCAUACGAACCGCCCAAACAGCAGGUAGUGAUGACAAUCAAUGGGGGAGAAAUGGAUGUCGACGUAGAUGACAUUACUGAUUCAAUGGAAAAACUACACAAAGAGGUUAGUGAAUUAAGACAAAUAGUGACCACUGAAGUAGGCAGGACAUUAAAGAAAGCAAAUCAAACCAUUCAGGAUAUAGAAAACACAAGACAUAGGCAGGAGAACAGGGAACAGCCAGAAGAGGAGGCCUCUCAGGAAGGAUCUCAGGUGAAUGACAGUGAAGGUACUCAGGAUAAUAUUAUACAUGCGAAUCCGGUACAUGCAUCCACUCCUAAAGCACAGUCAGGGACCCACACACCACCAGGCCCGAUAAAAGUUCAGAUUACAGGGGAUAUGACUGUAGAUGGGCCAAUAGCAAACAGGCUGAGAAGCAAAACGGGGCCGUGGGAAAGGGAGCUUGUUUUAUAUGGCCCAGGCAAUCAAUUAAUGGCACCCCAGAUACAGGCACCAUUGAUGCACAGACCAGGGGGGAAUCUUCAGUACCAGCCCUGGUCGCACAGUGACAUGACGGCAAUAACAAGUAAGUUGCCACCCAUUACCUCAGGAGGCAGCAGAUGGUUGAGUAAGCUGACAGCACUCAGCCAUGGCACUGACUUGGCUUUGGGUGACUUGAGAUGCCUGUUGGGUCAGAUACUGACAGCCUCACAAAUGCAAAAUUUAGAGCUCGAUGCAAAUACUACGUAUGUUGCAAAUGAGAUACCAUUUACCAGAGUAAGCACUGUUGUAAGCCAAACUCUUCGUCGACUAUAUCCCGUGCCACCAACCGUGUACCAGAAUAUAAAAUUCCGCAUUAAACCAGGUGAGACUGGAGCAGCCUAUUAUUUCCGUUGUGCUGCUGAGUGGGAACAAAUGGUGGAGGAAAACAGUUUAAAUAACCCCGUGACACGAGACAUAUUUAGAACAGCAGUAAUGACAGGAGCUCCAAAUGGAGUAAAACAGGCAAUGGAGAAUAACCCAGAUAUCCCAGUGGCAAGUAACGAGGUAUGGGAAAGACAUUUAGUGCACCACACAGACAGAGCAGUUGAAAGGGCCACUAAGGAAGAGGAGGAACUUGAAAGAGUUAAAACACAGCUGUUAAAGCUACAGUUAGAAAAAGCAAAGGGCGAAGGUGUGACAAAAAAGGCUAGACAAAUGCCACAGCAUGACCACCCCAGAGAUCCAUAUGAAGGGCCCCCAUAUAGUGGUUCACCCUUCGGGGGACCACCACAAGUACAGCAGCACAUGACCCCACCAUGGGGCCAAGGAACAAAUCAUAGGCAGGGAUCCCACUGGAGAGGAAACAGAGGCAGACAGGGAGGACGAGGGAGAAGGGGGCAGAGCGGGACACAGUGUUACAUGUGCGGUGAAAAUGGACAUUGGGCAAGAAAUUGUCCACGAAAUGGGUCACAGACUCAAGGCCAAUACAGCGGUCCACCUGCGGGGGGAUGGGGUCCCCGAGGAGGUGGUUCCGGUGGUCAGGGCAGGGGACCACAGACCCCACACAACCCGGGGCAACACUUCCCGUCACCCUCCAACCUACAGGCGCCUGUGCACCCAACAUGGGGCCCGGAGGGUGGGGCGGAGGAAUGUUGAAGGGGCCCACAGAGAACCACCGUGAGAGGAAUGGCCGAACCUCUCAUGGAGAUAGUGGUGAGUGAUCGACCACUACAGGCUCUGGUGGACACUGGGGCCACAUACUCUACUGUAACUAAGGGCACAAUUGAUAAUAGUGAUCUGACGAAUCGCACAGUGGGAGUAAUGGGGUUCUCUGGUGGGGUGGAAAAAUGGCCUAUGACCAAAUUGUUGAGAGUGAAAGUCGCCAAUCAGACAUUAUCGCACUCGUUUCUGUACUCUUGCAAUGCUCCCAUCCCCCUCCUAGGCAGAGAUUUAUUAAUUAAAUUAGGAGCUAGUAUUCUAUGUUCAGCUGAGGGAGUGAUAGUGAAAUUUCCAGAUGGAUCAGAAACAAAUUGUUCUCUUUCAGGUCACACCACAGACAGUCAGUGGAUGUUAACAUCAUGUGGUGAGCUAGAAGAUGCUGACAUAUAUUGGGUGGAGCUAGAUUUGAGUGUAGCCCCCAACAGUGUUGUGUCAAGGUAUAACGAACAUCGUCAGUGGAUCACAAACAUUGACAUAUUUCUACCACCCAUCGACCCAUUACAUUGCACGUUAUUUUAUGACAGGAAUGACACCACACAAUACCAAGAUCUGUUCCAGGAAAUAGAGGACAGCAAAUGGGUGUUAAGGGGAUCUGGUCUUAUGGUAGGAAAAGAAGGAGUAGUGGCACCAGUUCUAUUGACAGAAGAGCAGAUGAAAUGGUAUGAAAUGUCAGAUACAACAGCACCACAUAUCUCCUUAGCAUUGCAUCCAAACCAUGAGGCUAGGGAGCUAGGCAACAUGACUAAGAGACUGUUAGCAGCUAAUGAUUGGAAGCCCACAGAGAUGUGGGGUAUCCUAUAUUCAGAUACACAAAAAGCAUAUUGGGUGCAAGACCAAACAGAAGACACAGGGGUGUUGACACACAAACAGAUCUCUAGAUGCCAUGGUAGGGAGCAGACAGACGCUGACGGAGCAGAAAAUAUGAUUAACACAUUGCCAGACAAUUUAUGGUCCCAGGGACCAACAGAUGUGGGGUUUUGCAAUAUCAAACCUGUUAGCUUCGAAUUGACCACCACCACACCUAUUUGGGUCCCUCAGUACCGCAACAAACCAGAAGCAGAAGAAGGUGUAGCCACCACUGUUUCUGGACUGAUUGAUAAGGGAGUGAUAACCCCUUAUAGGUCCAAUUGGAACACACCAAUUUUUCCAGUGCCUAAACCAGCCACUAACAAGUACAGGUUGGUGCAUGAUUUACGUAACAUCAACUCCAUUGUAGCAACACCUACAAUGACUGUACCAAACCCAUAUAUUGCUCUGUCUAUAUUGACCCCAAUGCACCAAUGGUUCACGUGUAUUGAUUUGGCAAAUGCUUUUUUCUGUAUACCAAUCGCUGAGGAGUGUAAAGCAUGUUUGGCUUUCACUUAUAGAGGCUGCCAGUACUCUUACAACAGACUACCACAGGGGUUUAUUUUGUCACCAGGAAUUUUCAAUCAUGUCUUAAAACAGCAGCUACAGGACUGUAGCUUACCUGAGAACUGUGUCAUGAUCAUGUAUGUUGACGACCUACUCUUGGCAGCCACAACUGAAAAGGCGUGCCUGGAGGCUACCAGAGUUGUGUUGCUUCAGUUGCACAAGUCUGGUUUCAAGGUAAGCAAGGACAAACUGCAGGUGUGCAGACCUUGUGUUACAUUUUUAGGCCGACUGAUCACGGCACAGGGAUCAACUUUGACAGGGACACAAAGACAGGGUAUACUCAGCCAUCCUAAGCCAACCACAGUGAAAGACAUGUUGUCAUUUUUAGGCCUCACAGGAUUCAGUAGGCACUAUAUCCCUAUGUAUGUUUCACUGACUACACCACUCAGGCAGUUGAUUAAAGAGCAUGGCAUGAAAAAUCUGAAAGCAGAACUUCAGUGGACACAAGAGGCUGAACGGACGUUCAUUGACCUCAAGACACAGCUAGCUCAUGCUGUGCACCUGAACUGUGCCAACUAUGAGUUACCUUUCUUCCUGGAUGCCUCAGAAUCUGGCUCCAGCGCACAUGGUGUCCUGUUUCAGAAAGACCAAGGCAGGAGAAAAGUGUUGAUGUAUGCGAGUGUGUUGUUAGACUGUGUAGAGCAAAGACAACCAAUUUGUUCUCGAUUUGCAGCGGGUUUAGCUAAAGUUG